AAAGUUGGCGGAAAAGUUCACGUUUGGGCGCAACAACUGUGGAUCGUGUUGUCGGUUACUGUCUCUCUCUUUCUCUGCGAAUGAGCGCAGAAGAGGCUGGCCCUUCGUCAGAAGAGAUCUCCCUCGCACGGAAGGCUAUGGCCCGUUCCGUCGAUACUCCUAUGAAAAAACCGCCGGUCGUUUCGUCAGUUUUCGUCACACCUCCCGCCUCCAUGGAGAGAAGGAAGGCUCUUGACAUCCCGCCUCUUCCGGGGCCCCGGACCAAAGAUCCUGCCCCCGCUCUUCCUGACCCCCGGGGCCACCCCUACAUCCCCGUCUCCACCUACAAGUCUGUCGAACUCAACUCCCCUCUGCCCCAAACUGAGUCUGGAGGGGGGAGAGGACAUUGUGUCUGGGUUCUUCUAUGGAGGCUAUCGACUCCUCACAGAGCGAAUACUGGACUACCUUGACCCUCCAGAUCUAUACAACUCAACUCUGGUGUGCAACGAAUGGACGCAACUCAUCGCCUCAUUCCCCCACCUCCACACUCGGAUCAGAGCCUACACCAAGAACCUGCAAAGAAACACCGAAAACGCAGGAAAACAAUUUCCAGCACUUGCACUCGUCUCCGACAGAAAACCUCUCGGAGAUGCUAAAAACCGCCUGUUGGCGAAGAACGGGCAGGGAUAUACUCCUUCCCUGCCUCCUAAAUCAGUCGUCCCAAAGAGAGUCAUGUACAAACACAGGCACUGUCCGCAGUGCAGGUCCUCUUCAAAACAGCUCAAUCUGCGGAGAGCAGAAUGCACGAACCCAAAGUGUAAGUUUGAUUUCUGCUCCGGGUGUUUCAAGUCGUGGCACGAGGGAGAGUGCGAGAGACAAAAAAGUCCGAAAAGACCUUCCAAGGAGGUGACUGCAGGCUCGAAAAGAAGCAAAAAGAACCUGAGAAGGCUAUGACAUGUUCUUCGUUUCUUUCCCCUCUCUCUCUUCUCUUCAAGAUUCUUUCUGUGCAAUAUUAUAUCCGUCACAUAAUGUUUUUAUGUGUAUCUCGUCGUCGCACUGACUUUGUGGUGUACCAAUGUUUGCAAUCACUUUGCCUAUUUUUUCAACCCACCACCAUUCAACCACUGAAUUUUCUGUUCACAUAUUAUCACUUUUGCCCCUGUCAAUUAUUACCAAUCCUACACCUUGUAUGUCAUUUACCCCUUCCCAUUGUAUCACUUCUAUUACCCACCGAAAUAAUAUACAAUGUUGCCACUAUAACAAAUCACAAUUCUCAGUCGGCAAUUAUUGUGACGAUGAUAAUAUAAGAGACACAUAGGUGCAGAACAAAAAGGUGCCAAAUACACAAAAACUCAAAAAAAGUGUGGAUCACACUAGAAUUAUUGGUUAUGCUGAUGAAUCUUUUCGGGGUACGUCGUAGCGUUCAUAGCCAGUCCGCUUGGGAGCGAGCUCGUCAUAAACACAAUUUGGUAAUGGAUCGUCCUGAACUUGGUCAUAGUGAGCAUCAAUAUCGCCAAUGACGAUUUUAGGCGCGUCCAAGGGUGCAGUAAUGUCUUUCAUAUUCAUACUCCACCCACUGUG